AUGACUGAAAGUGUAGAAGUUCGUAAACAAAUUUACGGGAUCCAGGAGCAAUAUCGACCACUUGACGAGCCAGUUGAGGUGGACAUCGUUGCGGUCCAUGGACUCAAUGGUCAUGCGACAGGGUCAUGGACAUCUAAGCCGCAAGGGAUCUGUUGGCUCAGCAACGUAUCUUUCCUUCCGAGGUAUAUUCCUCGUGCCCGAGUUUUAGUAUGGGGCUAUAACGCGAGCGUCUCGUCCCACAACGGAAAGACACCCAGCUCAGACAGGAUUUUACAACAUGCGCAGACAUUGGUUUCUCAACUAGAGGCAGAUAGGGAUCUCGACGAUGCAGCGCAAAGGCCCAUCAUUUUUGUAUGCCAUUCUCUAGGCGGCAUAAUAGUGAAGAGAGCCCUGGCAUAUGCAGAAAGUCGCCCUAGACUCACUCAUAUCUAUUCGAUUUACGUCUGCACAUUUGCUAUCCUCUUCUUCGGCACCCCGCAUCAAGGAUCUAGUAAGGCAAAUAUCUUCGGUAGUCUUCAAAAGAUUGCAUCCCUGGCGACCCCUAAAGCCCUGAUAGACCUCGAAUCAGCGCUAGUCAACGCACUCGAAAAGGAAUCUGAAGUCCUGCAGAAUAUCACCGACCAAUUUGCGCCGCUCAUGUCCAAUUUCCGCAUCUUUUUCUUCUGGGAACAAGAGAAGACUGAUCUCAAAUACAAAAGAGAUUAUAUCGUCACUGAAGCGAGUGCAGCACCGAUAAUCGACAACACCGAAAGAUGCGGCAUUGCUGCAGACCAUCAAAGAAUGUCCAGGUUCGAAAGUCCAUCCGAUCAAGGCUAUAGAACUGCAGUCGCGGCACUACGGCGCUAUGUGCGAGAGGCACCUAGCGUCAUACAGGGGAGGUAUCAAAGGGCUAUGAGCGUGCAACGAGAUGACAGGAUGAUUGAGGCUGCGGAGCUGCUGAAAACAAUUCAACCUUGUACUUUGGGGACCCUACCAAAACCCACCCCGUUAUCUUGA